AGCAUUUAUUCUGAUCCACGUAUUUUAUUCCUUGUUCUUCUUACACACUUACGCAGUAGCAUUUAUACACCUACUCGAGUUCACCAUCACGCACACACACACGCACACAUACAGCGCUCUGUCCUCGCCGUUUCGUUUGCUCCACUCCAGCACCGCUACUCUCUCUUCUUUUCUCAGAAAGAAAUCAUUUCAUACACAUACAAGGUGGCACUUCCGCUGUGUCUUUCCUUUUUUUUUUAGGUUUCUCCUUCUUCUUCAAACGGCCUAUACACAUUUUGUUUUGUACGUAAACACAAACGAUACGUUGAAGAUCAACAGCAAAAAAACAGCACACACCCAACAAAACGAAACAUCCUUCAAGUUUUAUCGACAACAACAGCGGAAGAAGAUGGCGGCUGGUGCUCUCCAGAUGAAGCUGUCGCAGGACAGUCUCUUCUUCCCGCUGCCCUUCACCAACGCCACCAUCGACAACGUUGUCCAGAUCCACAACCUACUGCCGGUGGUGCCAGGGAAACCCAAAGCAAACGUGGUGUCGUUUAAGAUUCUGAGUGAGGUGCAGCACCGCUACUCCGUCCGUCCUCCAGUCGGCUUCAUCGGCGCAGACGAUCACAUCACCAUCGUCUUCUCGUUUAACCCUGAGCAGGUGAAGGCAGCGAAGAAUCCGGCGGAUCGGGAGCUGCCGACGGAGGCGACGCGUGAUGCUAUUCACAUCGACUUCGCCGUCGUCGACGCAGACUCGAUCGACGCGGCGCUGGCGCAUUGGGUGCCGGGCAGUAAGGAGUCGAAGCUCGCACGCGAUGUGAUGACGGAUGCGUCGGCCUUCUGGAAAAAGCGAGGUCAGGUCACCAAAAACAACGCGACGAUGCUGCGUUUCAAGCUGCGCUGCGUCUUUGCACCGCGCCACACCGUGCCAGACAGUCUCGUGAUCAGCAUGAAGGAGGGGGAGGGGAAGGGAGUCGACCCGAAGAAGGCGGCGGAGGUGAACGCGGCGGUGCCCAAGACGCGACCGACGCCGACCUCCACGACGGACCCACGCAGCACCGCCCCGCCGGCAGUGCCCCCGCACCGGCACUCCGAGACACCGCGGGAGUCGACGCCGCGCAAUGAGCUGAGCCCGACGGCCCGUGCGUUGACUCCGCCGAAUGCCACCGCCACCGCUGCUACCUUGGCAGCAACAAAAGCAGCAGCAGCAGCAGCGGCAGCACCGACGGCGCGGUCCGUACCCGUAGCAGCCCCACCGACCUCAUCUAUGCCGGCGGUGAGGUUACCCUCGUCGCGUAGUGCCGAGGAGACCAAGAAGAAGAAGGGCUUUGUGGGUGCCGUGCUGAAUUACAAGCUGUCGUACGCCGUGGUGGCGGUGUUGCUGGUGCUGACCUUCUUCUGCGGCCUGUGGGAUCACGGGAAUCUGCUCACGUGGAUGAUCUCCCAGUAA